AUGGGAAGACAGAUUGUUCGGCAGCAAAGCUCAGUGCCGAGCAGCUUGAUCCAAAUGAGCUUAAGGGCUCUUGAAAAUUUCCAAACAAAACAUGAAAAGUACUCCUGCAUUCGUGUCGUACUGAGGUUAAGGCUGGCCACAAGUGAAUUCAUGCUUGAGGCAUGGUCAUUUGGCCAAUUGAAUGUCCUCGAUCUUGGGCGGUGCAAGAACCUUAGGGGAACUCCAGAUUUUAGGUGGAUACCGAACGUAGCCAAGUUGAUAUUUGAUGGAUGCACCAGUUUGAGACGAGUCGAUGAAUCCAUCGGCCACCUCCGUAGCCUGGUUUGCUUGAACCUGAGAGAGUGCUCUUCUCUGGAGCAAAUACCUGAUACCAUCUCUCGCUUCAGUUGCUUGGAGACGCUGGACCUUCACGGAUACUCCAAUGUUUCAACCUUGCCAGAGAAUUUGGGAAAUUUGACAUCAUUGAAGAACCUCAUCCUCAACGCUACCAAUCUAACAGGUUUGCCUGAAUCUGUGACGCUCAUGGUGAAUCUGAAGUUGCUAUCUUUAUGCCGGUGCCGGUCGCUGAAGCAACUCCCGAAACUGAUCGGAAGGCUGAAAUCCUUAACGGAGUUCCAAAUAAGUCAAGGGGAGAUACCAAGUAUUCCGGAAUCCAUCGGCCUCUUGACCAACCUCCGGAAACUGAAAAUUGAAGGAUGCAGCUCACUCGUUGCUUUGCCAGCUUCCAUCAGAUCGCUGGAAAACCUUGAGGACUUAUCAAUUGAGGGCUGCAAAGGCAUCAGAGACAUCCCUGAUUUCUUCGGAGGUAUAUUGAAACUGAAAAGGCUAAGCAUGGGAGGUACUGAUCUCUUGAAAGCGCUUCCUUCAAGUUUCUUCCAUCUCCGCUCACUGGAGAGAUGGAGUUUCUCUUCCAUCGGCCAGCAGUUCGAGUGGGCAGGUGGGGCUGACUUCAGUCAUCUCUCUUCGUUAACUCACGUGGACUUCAGCCCGCAUUUUGUGAGCUACAGUUAUGCAUGCCGCGGCUUGCACUCAGGCUUGGACACCUUCCCUCUACUUGAGAGCCUCGACUUAAGCAGAUGUCGCGAUGUUGGUAGCAUACCGAAACUCCCACUUGUUGGGAUAAAAAACGGAUAG